GGUAAAAUGAGGAUGUCGAGUCUUUUACAUCACAUCACACUUAUAACAAAGUUGUGUCUUUAUGAUUCUCACAGAGCUGCACCUCAUUUGUGUGAAGAUGAGCUGUCUGAUGUCUGCAGCCGUGGCAACGCUGGUACUGAGUGUCUUCUUUCUCCCAGGUGUUUGGGCUCGUUGUGGAAGUGUAACAGCAGCCAUCCGCACUGCUACACCACAGGAGAUGGAAGCACUCAGCGGAUCGUGUUUGUUAGUCCCGUGCAGCUUAAGAGAUGCACCUGCCUCCCAAAGCAAACCCUCUGGAUUCUGGAUUAAUGGCGAUUACAACAUUUUUGACAGUAGCAAUGCAGAGAAACUAGUGAAUGUUACUGGAAACCUGACUGAGCAAAACUGCACCACCGUGUUUUAUAACCUAACCACGAGCAUCUCAGGAAAUUACUUCUUCAGACUUGAAGAAGAACAAACCAGAGCAACAGCCUGUGAUAGUCCUCUUCGUAUAACAGUUAAAGGUGAGUUUUGCUCUGCUCUUCACUCUGAAGUCACUCUUUUAUAUUCUGCCUGGAGUCCCAGGAUCAACAUCUCAGGUGGACUGAAGGACCUGAAGGAGAAGGAGUCUGUCUCCAUAACCUGCUCGGCUUUGACUCCGUGUCCGCACUCACCUCCUAAACUCACCUGGACUCUCCGAAGAGACUCUCACACACAAACAGAGGGAAACGCAGAUGGAACCAUGACAACUAAAUUCCAGGAGAACAUCACUCUGUCAGACACGCAUGAUGGAUACAGCUUCACGUGUUCUGUCUCGUAUCCUGUGAACGGAGGAACAGAUCUCAGGAAAGCAGAUGCAAACGCGACUCUUAAAGUUUUCUAUGCUCCUAAAGACACCUCAGCUUCCAUCAGUCCAUCAGGUGCGGUGUCAUUAGGUAGCUGGGUGACACUGAGCUGCUCCAGCAGAGCCAAGCCUCCCGUCAGCGGCUUCAGCUGGUUCAGGAUCAGCUCAGAGGGACCUGUUAGCGUGUCUGAGGGGCAGGUUCACCGCUUCAACGUCACAGAGGGAGGAGAGUUUUACUGUGUGGCUGCAAACGAUCUGGGGAAUCAGACAUCAUCAACUGUCAAAAUUAGUGUUGGAAGUUCAUUUCUAACCUGGCUGCCUGCUGUAGCAGGAAUCAUUGUCCUCGUGGUCAUCUGCCUGGUUGUUUGUGCGUGCUGCUUUAAGUUCAAACGUCAAACUAAACGACAAACUCAGGGUGACAUAUACGAGGACGUUUCUGCUCCAACAACAGCCAAUAAAGCAGAAGAACUCCAUUAUGAACGUGUGAUGUUCAAGAGAAGACCCAAAGCGUCUCAGAGCAGCGUCUCGGAGCAGGACAGAGAACAGCAGGAGACGGUGGUGUACGCACAGGUUGCAGUCUCUAAACCAGAAAGCCACUCGGCACAGGCUGCCGACAGGGCAGAGGACCUCUACGCUCAAGUAAAGAAGAAAUAACUCGUGUUCAGGGACGUCGUUUAUGUCGGACAGAACCUGCAUCCUCAGGUCACACGGUUAGGCCUCUUGUUACAUCAUCUACAACAUCAAAACAAUGAUUUUGGAGAUCAUGGUGACUUGCACAAGAAGUUGUCUUACCUUCAUAGAAAAAAACAACCAAUGUGUCAAAAGUCCGGAUGAAAAACCAGCAUGUUUCAAAAUCUGAUGCAGACAAGUUUCAACAAAGCAGAAACUUGCAUCACUUCUUCUUUUACCAGCAGAAUUUCAUCAUUUACAUCAGUUGCUGCACUUAUGAUGGUUCCUGUCCCAUAAUGGGCUAGACACACAGGAGGCGACAAACGACCGCGAUCAGCCAAAUUCGUCGCUUUUAUUACCCGACACACGGGAGGCGACCCGCGGCAGCGGCCAGCAGCAAAGCGUUCUGUUCCAUGGCGAAAUGGAAACUUCCGUUGUUUUGUUUGGCUGUGUCAGGUUGGAGGGAAUUAAGGCUAUUUAAGCGGUUCAGAGUUUAAAAAGCGGUAGAUAUGAUGUUUCACAAGGUGCUGCUAGAGUUAUGUGAAAUCAUACUUCUGAUAUAUAAAUAAAAUAACUUCUCCGUCAGGGGUGUCCAGCUUCUCCGUUACUUUUCAUUAUUGUAACGGAACUUUUAGCUAUUUUCAUGAAACACAAUCUAAAUAUUCAACCACUGAACUUGAUGGGAGCCCCAUUGAUCAUAAGUCAAUUAGCAGAUGAUACUACACAAUUUUUAAAGAACACGUCACAGGUUCCUCUCGCACUAAAUGACAUGUCACUAUUUACAAAGGCCUCUGGUUUGUAAAUGAAUAUCAGAAAAUGUGAAUGAUGAAAUAUUCAUGAUUGUGAACUCAGUGUCUCUCUUAACAUAGCUAUUAAAACUGAAAUUAAAUAUUUGGGUAUUAUAAUCUCAAAGGAUACAAAUAAUAGAGACAAUCUAAAUUUUGAGCAUGUUACCCAGAAAUCUAAAAAGAUCCUAAUCAGCUGCUUACAAAGAGAAAAUAACUCAAACAGUAUUUGGUUUUAUUUCCCUAAAAUAAUUUUCGAGAAGCUUGGUGGCAUUGAAUUUCUCUGAAAGUGUGACUUUGAAAUUUCCAAAUUACCUAUUAAAUUAUCUAAUUUUCACAAACAGGUUCUCCAGUACUGGAAAAUUAUUUACAAGCAUAAUUUUCCUCCACAUACAAAUUCAAUUUGGAACAACAGAUGUAUAUUGAUAAAAAGAAAAUCCAUUUUUUAUGAGGAUUGGAUGGAUCAUGGACUUUGGACCGUUUUACACCUGGUAGACAAUGAUGGCAAUGUAUUAUCGUAUAAUAAAUUCAUAGAUAAUUAUGGCGUAUCAUGUACUCAAAGUAAAUUCAUUAAAGUUGUGAAAGCCAUUCCCCCUGCAAUGAUUCAGAUGGCUAAAGCCAGUUUAACCUGUUCUUCCUCUAUAAUUCGUGAACCGUCCUUAAUUAUUGAUGAUCUUCAAUUUAAAGGAAACAAUUCUAACCAAACAACGUUUUCCUUCUCAAUUAAAAAGAAAAUAUUUGUUUAAAGAUUAUAAUUCUAGGUUUUUGAGUAAGUAUCUUUCUUUUCCAAUUCCACCAAAAGCAAAAGAAAAUCACUUUAAAAUUUUAAAUGCCAUAUACCCGUCCAAGGACUUCCUUCACAAGAAAUUCAAUAUGGAUACGGACAAAUGCACUUUUUGCAACACUGAUAUUGAGACUGCAGAGCACCUUUUUUAUUCACGUGACAGUUCCAGAUCUUUUUGGGAUGAUUUUCAGUACUGGUUAACCUCUAAAAAUAUUGACUGCUCUUCUCUAACCUUUCAAGUCAUUAGAUUUGGCCUACAAACAGAAAAUAAGAACAUAGAAUUUGGGAUUAACAACUUAUUUAUAGUUGCAAAACUUUUCAUUCAUAAAUGUUGCUUCUUAAAAAUUACUCCGAUUUUUGCUGGUUUUAAAAAUGAAGUCCUUCUAUUGAAGGCUUCAUAAGUGUAAAUUAAAUAAAGCUCACAUCUUACUUGAAUUUUUGAUGCUGCUUUUCAACUGAAGUAGCUAGACUGUAUAAUGUGCGUACUUCUGUUUUUGCUUCGUUUUCUUUUUUUUUCUGUCACUUUAUAUGGAAGGUCAUUUGAUGUACUAUUACCACCUAUACUUAUUCAUAUCUUGUUGAUUGGUAAGAUAAGCGAUGUAUUUGUUAAUUUGUACAAAAAAAAAAAACUUCUCCAUGUUUGCUCGGAGGUGUACGGAGCAUCCUGUCCGCUCAUUGGUCAGUGAAUGAAACCUCCGUUGAUUGGUCCUCGUCUGAGUGACAGCGAUGAAAAGUUGAAAAUAUUUCAACUUUCUGGGAAAUCUUCAAAAGGUUUGGAGGCAUUGACCUUUUGUUAAAAUGCGAUUUCAAUAUUAAAAAACUUCCGAUCAAAUUAUCCCGGUUCCAUCAACAAGUCCUUCUAUAUUGGAAACUUUUAUACAAUCAUAAUUUCACUCCACACAACACACCGAUUUGGAACAAUAGAUAUAUUACAAUUAAAAAUAAGUCAUUAUAUAAGAAGGACUGGAUGGACUAAGGCGUUUGGUCCCUAAUUCAUUUAACUGAUGAAGAUGGGCGUGUGAUGACCCAUGAACCGGAUAGAUAUUAUAUACUCAUUACGUUCUAAAUAUCUCAAAUUUCCUAUAACUCCAAAAGCCAAAGAAAUCCAUUAUAGAGUUUCAAAUGACAUAUACCCAUCUGGGGAAUUCUUACGACAGAGACGUGGUUUUGAAACAAAUAAGUGUGUAUUUUGUGAUGAUAUAGAAACCUCUGUUCAUUUAUUUUUUCAAUGCAUUUACUCUGAAGCUCUGGACUGAUAUCCAUGACUGGCUAUACACAAAGAUAUGUAUUGAACCCUUUUCUGAGAACGAUGUCAUUUACGGAGCCAUAUUAGAUAACACUGAAUGGGACUUUCUGGUAAAUAACAUGAUCAUUGUAGCUAAAUUUUACAUUCACAUAUGUAGAUAUGGAAAUGUGAAGCCUAGAUUCUAUGCAUUUCAUAACGAGUGCCUUUCUUUCUCCAAAGCCCUUGAAUUUAUGAAAAGUAAACAUGCAAUGAAACUCCUUAAUCUUUUUGAAAAGUAUGAUUUGAAAACAAAGCCCUAGCUCUUUGUCUCUUUUGUUAAUUUAAUAUUUUUUAUUUUUUUGUUUGUUUGUUUGUUUCCUUCACAAAUAUUCUUGCUUUCUAUGCAAAGUCUCUUUUGUUUUUUUGCACCUGAUCCUGGGUAAUGUAAAACAAAGGAAUUUAUGCCAU